CAGGAGUCCUUUAAGAGGAAGCUUGACCUAUUUUUCAGGGCUACGAAUAACAUCUUAUUACUACUUACCAAUUUCUUUUUUCAUCUAUUAUCGUUAAUAUGAUUGGGUUCGUGCCUGGUGAUCCACUACUACUAGACACAACCAUUUGAAGGUUUGGUCUUCGAACUUCCAAAAGAUGUUUGCAACGCAUUUGAAACCAUACUUUACUCAUCCUGGGUUUCGAUUUAUGGUUUGCAAGGGUCGGAGAGUUGUGCAUUGUUAAUUGAAGUUGCACUAACGUCUUCCCCCUUUAAGCUUCUCUCUCAGAUCUUUUGUGAAAAGAGAUCUUAACAAUUGUUAGUCGAGUGGACCACCAUUACCGAGGCUUACUCAUGUUUUCUUAUUUGCACGAUUACAACACAUUUAAGAGUUGUCAGCAAAUUAUUUGAUGACUGAGAGUUACAUGUUUUUAAAGUUAUAGCAAUCGGUUAACUUUUUAUCGAUUUACUUCUUAAUCGACAACUGGUCGAAUAUAAUACAUGCUUGACGACUCAGUUGCCGACGUCACUCUUGCUGAUUUCCAGAUAUUAGAAUCACCCUGCGCCGAUGUUCCGUUUGACCGUGGCCCUCAGUUCCAUUUAAAUCUCCAGUGUCGUACAUGUGAAUCAUUUAAAGAAACGUUUGUCUGCUGUGAUUGUGUUAGGAAGGAUUCCAUAUUCUCGAAGAAGUCCGGAAAACUUAGCUUUCCUCAAAAUUCUGAUCGGAUUGUGACAGUCCGUAAAUCGGUUAAUGACUUAAAUAGAAAGAUUAAAGUAUACGAACCCAUACUGUUCAAAUCUGUAUUUCACACUUUUCAGGGUAGAGUUGAAGAGUUGAAUGCUCAGAUUUCUUCUUUGGAACAUACGAUCGAGUUUCUUACUAAAAUGAACGUAGACAAACGCAAAAAGCUACAACGUGUUCGACAAGCUAUGACACGAUGCCAUACCGCAUCCCAGCAUCUUCUGAAGCAGCAAGCUAAUUUGGUACGGCAUUUUAUCACGGUUGCACAGAGAAAAAAGUUAUUGGUAGCUGAUCUUGAUAUAGUAAACAGGCAAAUCAAGCACGUACAUGAUACUUAUUUUGAGGAGUUGCUUGGAGUUUAUUUCGUGACCGACCUGUCGACUGAUGGUUUAUCUCCGGAUAGGUUUGUUUGUUCACCUUUACAUAUCGAUAAAGAGAACAUUUUUGCAGGUCCUGAACCCACCCCAUCCAGUCAUACGGCUUUAACAUAUUGCUCAGUAGCAAUAAGGGUUUCAACUAUCUUGUUAGAUGUUUGGUUGCCAGUCUCCAUUCGCCGGAAUUUGCAUUUGGUUGGUUCUUUUUUGUCUGCAUUACCUCAGAGGGAUGAUAUGGGUCGUGUGUAUUUCGCAGUCAUUCAUGCUGUUCACCUGUUAUGCCAAUGUCGAGGGAUUGAUAUAAAACAUGGAUUAGAACAGCUUGGGAUAAGCGUAAUUCCUGGACGGAACACAUUUUACAAUCCAUUAUUUGGAUUAUAUUGCCUUGGGCAUCUGGUCAGUCACAAUAAUAAGUCUACUAGGUACUUUGACGAAUGUUACAAUAUAAAACUAGAUGGGCUUUUUGGAAAGAUUCCAUCAUUAUCCUUAAUGAGUCAUCCUACAGUUUCAUUUAGUUCACCGUGUUUUGUAGAGAAAGGCGAAGAAGUGGAUGAGAUGUUUGGCUUAUCAAACGAUAAUAGUUUAACUUUAUGUGACAAACAAGUGAAUAGGUUUACUUUAUGUAGGGCAAGUAGUUCCGACUAUGUUCAGUCAUCCAAUAAACUCGAAGAACACGACUCGUCUGUUGGUUUGGAAUGUUGGGAACUAGUUUCUGUGACCUCACCAGGAGAACCAGAAUCAUGUGAAACUACAGUGACCAAUGCCGGAUUUAUGGAUUCAACGCAAUAUCCUGGUCCACUUUCGAAAGUUUGGCGUCUAGCGAAAGGGAUUAUGGGAACUUCAGAACUUAGUGAUUGUGACGAAUAACGUGAAAAAACAGAUCGUGACCAAACUUUGUUCAUUGUUUUUCAAACCAGAGUCUUUCAUGAAGCAAACUUGCAAAAUCUUUAGUCUUUCAACAUUUUAAUUUGUAAAAUAAAAUUCGAAAAAACAAAUUUUUCCCCAUUAUUGUAUAUAUGUCAAAAAGUUUUAUUUUGAAUUCUGUUCCUUGUGAAUUAAUCAACUAAGGCGAAGUAUUAGGAAAAAUGAACAGCUUGAUGUACUUGUAAACAUUAGUAUAGAUAUUUGGUUCAUUUGCCCAGUAUAUGUUCAUGUACUCCUGAGUCAUAUUUUGUAGUGAUAACUAGUGAUACUACCCGGCUGCCUAAAUCGGAUUCUUAAUCCACUGGUUGAAGUACAUAGUACACACAAGUGGGUAAUCAUGGAUUUAUGUAUUCUGUUAGAUCUCCGUCAGGCUUUGCUCUAAUAUACAGUAAUAUUUAUAUGCAUAUACGAAAUUGUUAAAUUAAUCAAGGCAGUUACUGAGUUAGUGAUAACAGUGGAAUAGAUCACAUAAGUAAAGAGUACAAAUUCAUAGUAUUUGUAUUCAUAAGCGUUAUAACUUGUGACCUGUGCGCCCUGCUAAUAUAUAACGUAACGAUGCCACCAAAUAUAGAGCAGUGAAUUAUCGAUCGGACCAAUGACGCCUAAAACCCAUACGAGCAGUCUAGAGUUUUUAUCGGUCCUGCUUCCUGCCUAGCCCAAUCAGUUAGGUCCAGGACACGAAUCUCUGCCUCUGCGACAUGAAUAAUUUAUUUCAAGCAUACUGGGUCUAUAUACCAAUCAAGCAGACCACAUCGUACCAAUAAGGUAUGAAACGACAUUUGUACAAGAAUUAGCCAAAUGUGGAUGUGAAUGAGGGAGGUAGUAAGUAAUAGACGGCAUAAUUCAAGAAUGGUAAGUCGUAUAAUGAUAGUUCAUAGGCCAAAACAAAGCUUAUAAUAA